CUCGGCUUGAUAAGUUAUACAGAGUGCCUUAGAUCUACUCAAUCGCAGUUAUACAAAGCUAAGUGUGAGGUGCAGUUUGAUGUUGACACGGACCGAGAAAGUGAUUUAAAUGAUGGGUUGGUUAGAUAUAUUUGAAUAUAUCCCCACGUGGACAUGGUUGAUUAUAUUAACGGUGGUUUUACUCUACAUCUAUGGUACAAACGGUCACGGAGCCUUAGAAAAAAUGGGCAUACCCGGUCCAAAACCACGCAUAUUUUUUGGCAAUAUCUUGGAUUUUAAACAUCUGGGAUUGGUCGAACAAACAGAGGAAUGGAAAAAACAAUAUGGACCCGUUUAUGGGCUAUAUUUUGGCAGGGAACCCAGUCUGGUUAUUAACGAUUUAGAUAUAUUGAAGGAAGUUCUUGUGAAAGAUUUUCAACAUUUUACAGAUCGACGGGUAUCAGUGGCAAGAGCGUAUGUGGAAAAGGGGGUAUUUUUCCAAGGUGGUGCAGACUGGAAACGGAUCAGAAAUAUCAUAACGCCGACUUUCAGUUCCGGCAAAUUAAAACUGAUGAUAGGGAAUAUCAACAAAUGUGGUGGUUUAUUAUCUGAUAAUCUGGUCACGAAAGCCAAGAAAGGCGAAACAGUUGAUGUUAAGCGGUAUUUCGGAGCUUAUACCAUGGAUGUAAUAGCCACAACAGCGUUCGGAUUGGACAUAGAUUCACAGACUAAUCCUGAUGAACCUCUUGUCCACAAUGCGAGAAAACUGUUUGCAGAAACCCGAUUGGCAUCAACGGCUAUGCUUAUUUCAAUGGUCUUUCCAUUUUUGAAACCGUUACUUAAACUUUUAGAUGUUGGAUUUUUUCCGGCUGGCCCCGUCAAUUUCUUUGUUAGGUCCAUAAAGGCCAUGAUAGAACAAAGAAAAACAGAAGAUGAAGCUACCAGAUCACAAAGGACAGAUUUUUUACAACUACUAUUGAAAGCUGAAAGCGAGGAAAUCAAUGAUGAAAAGGUUUCUAAUGGAACACAGACAAAGGCUAUAAAACGAUUAACAUUAGAAGAAAUAAUUGGCCAAGCAUUCCUCUUCUUUAUUGCUGGAUACGAAACAACGGCUAAUACCUUACAUUUUGUUGCAUAUAAUUUGGCGAAAAAUCCCGAAGUACAGGAGAAAGUGAUAAAAGAAAUAGAAGCACAUGUUGGUGAUAGAGAACCAACUUACGAUGAUAUAAAUAAGCUGACCUAUAUGGAACAAGUUAUUAUGGAAACACUUAGAAUUAACCCACCUGUUGUUAUGGUCAAUCGCAAAUCUUCAGAAGAUGUUAGUUUUAAAGGGAUUCAUAUCCCGAGAGAUACGACGGUCAUGAUUCCUAUUUAUAGCGUCCAACAUGACCCAUUAAACUAUGAAAAUCCUGAAGAAUUCAGACCAGAAAGAUUUGACCCUGCUACGAGAAAAGAAAGUAACCCGGUCACAUUUUUAUCAUUUGGCUAUGGGCCAAGGUUAUGUAUUGGUAUGAGACUGGCAAUGGUGGAAACUAAAAUAGCACUGGUGUACGCACUUAGGAAAAUUCGAUUUGUCAAAUGUUCUGAGACUCCGGAGAAACUGGAGUAUAAUAAUGUAGGUCUUCUGUCACCAAAAGUACCAAUAAUAGUGGCUGUAGAUCUUGUUAACCAGUCUUAAAUAAACCCAAACCGGACCGCUAGAAUACAAGCCGAUUAAUAUACAGAUCGAUAUUUUGUUUCGUUUUUUUUAUACUUCAUCAUCUUCACGAAGAUCGCGCCGGUUGUAAUGGCAGUUCGUGGAAAUAUGAUUUUUGUUUGGUUUUAUUUUCUUUCGCUGGGCAUGUCUACUCACAGUUCUCUCAGCUACGCGAUAAGAAUUCGGCUCAACACACGUGUUAUUUAACAACCCUUCCAGACCUUGAUGUAGUGAAGAUACGUAACUAUAUAAAACGGAAAACGAAAUAGGAUCUGUGUUUUAAUCAGAUUUGCUGGAAUAUUGUGUAUUCUAGACCAAUGAUAUAGAAUGCAGGGGUUCAAGUAGAUGAAAAACUUGACCCCUUUCAAAUAAAAUGAGAUUCUGAUACAUUAAGUUAUAUAAAUUAUCCGUUCCAUGUCUUUUGGAUCUACAGACAAAAUCACCAAAAGGAAUGUUAAUGAUAUGCCAUGUUUCAAAAGUGGCCCGGGUUGAAUAAAACUCCGUUUAUACCAUUAUUUACUAACAUUUUGAAAAAUUUUACGGUUCUAUAUAUGAUAUUGUAUACGUUAUAGGUUUUACUAACAGUUUGAACAUAUUAUAUUAUUAUCGUAGUCAUUAUAUUAUUCACUAACAGCUUGAUAAAUGAUAUUGUAGCCUUUAUAUUAUUUGAUGCGGGGGGGGGGGGAAUCUGAAUUAGAAUUUUCAAUGUUAAUUUUAUGUCAAUUCCCAUGGCCCGUACAGUGAGUUGUACAAAAUAAGUUUUUACUCAUUUUAAAAAUCACCCUAUCUAUAUGAAGCUUGGGCUUUUAUAUGGUAUAUCGGCGUGCUUUUCGCCGGUCCGCCCAGCCAGCAUCGGGUUUUUUUACAGGUCUUCCGGUUUCUUCCCACUGUUAAAAGACCCAUAGUCGCAAGCGAAUUAUUAAAAUAAAAUUGAACCAUAUAUUAGUCUCGAAAUAACCUAGUUUGGAAUUGUAUAGAUUAUCAAAAGUAUAUUGUUGUAAAUUAUAUAAAAAUAAAUGUUUGUAUAUAUCAUAUAAAUUACUGUAUAUUUCUAAUUCGUAUAUCUGGAACCUAAGCUAUGCAUAAUUCAUUUCGAACGAUAAAUUAAAGGAGCUAAAUCGCAAAUAUUUGGGACCUACAAAUUGACACAAACGGGUCGAAACGCAUAUAAUAAUGUAAUAUGAAUGUAUAUAAACUGAUUUACAUUUAA